AUGAAGUUGUUGAUUGUCCUGGCUCUUUUGGUGGCUGCCGCAUCGGCGAUGCCACAAUUCGGCGGAUUCGGUGGACCAGGUGGAUUUGGUGGAUUUGGUGGUGGUCCUGGCUUUGGCGGCGGCGGUUUUGGUGGUGGCCCUGGAGGAUUCGGUGGACCUGGUGGGUUCGGCGGUGGCCCUGGAUUCGGCGGCGGUGGUUUUGGUGGUCCUGGUGGAUUCGGUGGACGACCAGGAUUUGGUGGCGGAUUCGGCGGACCAGGUGGAUUCUACGGCUAA